AAUAACAUAUCCCGACAGCCUCUGGUGCGAACACGGAAGUGAAACCCGCUCGAGUCCCUGGAGUUGCUGGAGUCUUGUUUUUAUUUCUGCCUCGAAGGGAAAAAGUUCGUGAUUCGACAGCAACGAGAACAGGAUCGAUGCUGCGUAGGCUGUGCUAAGGAAGCUAGCAUUCAAGCUAACAGCUCCGUUAGCUCCCAACAAGCCAAAGACAGGAGAGAAACACACACACACAGACGAAUUUACUCCUCUGAUCCCCAGAUUUAUCUUUGGCAGCCAUGGACGACAAAGGGGAACCACAGGAUGGAGCCACGGGGGUGAAAUACGAGGAGCUGCCACAGAUGGACGGGUCGUGCGACGUGUGCGAGCCGGACGAAGCCCAACCGGCCACACACGUCUGCCAUGCCUGCAGCUUCGCCUUCUGCCCAACCCACGCCGAGACACACACCAGCAGGAUGCAUCACCCGCUAGUGCCUUACAACCACGAGGGGACACAAGUUAACGGACUUGGCACCCAAAGAGAAUGCAGAGUUGGGGGUGAAGCCGAGGAUGAGGCGCCGGCACCGCCUGGAGGGGCAGUGGCGAAUGGGGGUGAGAGGGGCGAUGCUGAGGGUAAAGAGGGAUUCCAGAAUGAUUUGCCGCCGGGUGCUGAGGGUGCAGAGGCAGGGGAGGAGGCCGUGGCGGCUGGGGACACCGGGAGGAGGAGAAGGAGGAGAUCUGUGACGGUAGAGAGGCUGCGCUGCAAGGAGCACGGGCAGGAGGGCUCCCUUUACUGUAAAGCAGACGAGAAGAUCAUCUGUGUGUUGUGUGCGGUGCAGGGCGAGCACAAGGAUCAUGAGAUCAUUACCCUGCAUGAGGCCUAUCUGUGGCAGAAGGGCAGGCAUGGUUAUGAUCUGCUGGGCUGCACACAACAGAUGGCUGAGAAGAUCAACACCAAGUGUAUCAACCCUGUGAUGUCCAUAGAAGAGCUCGAGAAUUAUGUGGACGCCCAGUUCGAUGAGCUGCGCAAAUUGGUGCGUCUCGCGGAGAAGAGGACGCUUCACCUGGUGGACCUCAAAGAGGCGUUCCUGACGGCGUCCGCGGCAGAGAAGAUCGCAGAGAUCAACGUCGAAACGGAGCAGCUGCAGGAGGAGAUGGCCAGCAUCAACCACGAGCUCUAUCUGCUGGAACAGGCCGAGGCGGAGGGAGCGAGUCCUGCUGUAAUAGCCGCGGCCCUCGCACCACCCCGCAGAGUGAUGCCCGACAUUGUGGCCAGACCAAGGUUCCCAGAGCCGAGGGCGGCCCCCCUCGAUCCCCGGGACUUUGGAGACGAUGAUUCCGGACCCUCCAUGGACCACGCCCCCUGAGAGCAGCACUCCAGACUGUUCACUGCAUCCACCUGUCCUUCAGUGUCGGCCUCAGCCAGCCGUCAGCCCGGCCAAGCUGUCAGCCUUGGCCCUGGCUCUGUCAGCCGUCUCCCCAUUACCCCCCCACCCCUCCCCGGUGCCUGCUGGCAGUGGCCUGACCUUGAAGGAGGCUGCUGUGACAAAUAUGGAUGACUCUCAAAACCUUUUUAAUUCCCCACUAGCUACUAACUUUCUUUAAUUGAAGCACACAACUUAUGGGCAAUCAAUUACCAUCAGGCUCAAUUUCCACAGCCAGUCGGAUCCCGGGCUUUACUGGUGAGCCUGGCUGAGCCGGAGAGGAAGCCGAGCGGAGCGUGAGUUGAGCCACACACGCUACAACAGGAAAAAAAAGAAAAUUCUGUGACAUGGAACGCUUCACUCUUCAUUUAUUCGCAGUAUCAUUUUGAUUCAGAUGCUGUGACAAACACUGCGGAUGCUCUCACACGUAAAAAAAAAAGGGAUUUUAUUUUCAGAAGCCACAAUGUCUUAAAUCACAAAGAUAAUAUUUUAUAAAGAUCUAUUGGGUGUUCUUUUUUUUCUAUUCUACAAUGCUGUCCCUGGUGCUUUCCAUCAUCAUGUUGCCUUCAGCUCUCUGCGGAUUCUUUAUGCCCGUAUAUUUGGGCCCAUUUAUUUUUGUUCUUGUCAGAUGUAUUAUCAGAAACAAAGGGGGGGGGCGCAUUUUGCCACUCAUUGAUUGGUAAAUGUUGCUGAGUCUUUGUUAGGUAAAAAAUCGAAUUGUGCUCUCACAGUAUCAGCUUUCAGUGCACUAUAACGUAAAGGCCCAUUACUCUGGGGCCAAUCAGCAGCUUAUGACGGAUCGCCGUCCAGACAAGCGCACACACUUCCUACCUUGACCCGUCGGGGCCGGAGCCUUCACUCCUGAUGGACCACCGCGAAUCUGUCCGUAUCAGCAGUUUGUUUUAAUGUGAUUGAUUCUGUUGCCUGAAAUUCUAAAUCUCAGUUAGAUUGAGACCGCGCCCACUUCCGGAUCGGUUGGAGUCGAGGAGAGAAGGCUUCGGUGUGUCGUUUGAGGCUCUCGUCAAAAAAACUGGGUGUAGUUUCAUCUAAUCUGGGUUGUAAAAAUGACAGACGACAACAACAUGACUUCACUACUGUAGAGCUGCACUUAGAUGCACUGAGAGCUGUAUACACCUACCCAAGGGAAAUGUUGGUGAAUCAACAGCCUAUUGAAAUCACUCUUUAUUCUAGUGUAACGACAGAUAGGAGUCUGACUGUCUGAUGUUUCUCUCUCCUGUUUUCAUAUGUCUAUUUUUGUCUGAGAUCUUUAAAUAAACAGCACUGUUUGUUA